AUAAAAUUAUUUAUUUUCAGAGAAGCUUGAAGAAAGAAAAUAAAAAAAUAGAGUUAGUUAAAGCAGUGAUGUCAAAAAAAGGAAUGAAAAGAGAAGGCUUGAUCGACCGGUGAAAGAAUCCCGCUUUCAAGUAGUAAACACUUGUCUCUCAAAUCGCAUAUAUCCCGAAGACGGUGGAUCUUCGCCGGAGCAGAGGUACUACUAUCUCACGUGGAAAUCGGUUUCAGAUGGAGAGAGCUGAGGAACAUGAAGAAAUCGUCGAACCUUCUUCCGGUUCCGGAUCCUCAAGAUCGAGGCCCAGUAACAGACCCGACCCGUUCCUUGUUGUUUGCAGGUGCUUCAGCUUCGUCACCUCUCUCAUCGCCAUUCUCUGCGUUGUCGUUAAUGUUCUCGCUGCCAUUCGCUCCUUCCGGGACAGCCACGAUAUAUUCGAUGGAAUAUUCCGGUGUUACGCAGUAUUGAUUGCUUGUUUUGUUGUUCUCGCCGAGACAGAAUGGGGUUUUAUCCUCAAGUUUUCAAAGGUACUUGAGUACUGGGCUGGGAGAGGAAUGCUUCAGAUUUUUGUUGCUGUGAUGACAAGAGCUUUCCCUGACUUUAUGACUCAAAAGAAGGAUCUCCUGCUUUUACAGAAUAUCGCAAGCUACAUGCUCCUGGCUUGUGGUCUUAUCUAUGUCAUAUCAGGAGUUCUAUGCAUUGGCUUUCUGAAGCGUGCUCGACAGCAGAAGGAAGUUUCAAGAGAACAAGCUGUCAAGGAUCUUGAGGAGAUGGCCAGACGCAGGGAAGAGUUGGAACAAUUGCUCGUGGAGCAUAGGAGUAGAGACGACGAGGUGUGAAUGUGACCACACGUAAAGCUUCAUUGGAUGGACGAAAAUAUGUUUCUUUUUGUAUUAAAGGAUUGUGUGAGCUCUCUGUUUUCAUCCUCUCACUUGGAUAAUAAUAACAAGCAGUUCUUUUUUUUUUUUGUCUACUGAAAAACGAAGCUUUGAUACUUGUCUUAUAAGAGACGAGAGCAGUAUUGAGUAUGAAAAUCGACAUAUUAUAAUGUAAAUUAGUUGCAGACUUGCAGUAUAAAA